UUUUAUAAUAAAAGGGUGUUGACUUCCGGUCUGAAAGCCCCGCCCCUUCGGCCUCUGUAACCCGAACCAUUUAAAAGACCCGAGUCACUUGGUGAGCCGCGCAGGAGACGAAGAAGAAGAAGGAGGCUGCGAUGACGGUCGUUAUCAAAGUGGAAUACUGUGGCGCAUGAGGCUACGAGCCCCGCUACCGGGAACUCGCCUCCACCGUGUUGGCCGAGUUCACCGAGGCGGAGGUGUCCGGCGUCGUGGGAAGAAGAGGCAGCUUUGAGAUCCAAAUCAAUGGGCAACUCGUCUUCUCCAAGCUUGAGACGGGCGGCUUCCCGUACGAGGACGAUGUGCUCGGCGCGGUGCAGCAAGCCCACGAAGGGAAGCCGGUGGAGAAGAUCACCAAAAGCCGCCCGCCGUGCGUCAUCAUGUAAAUCAAUGAGCGGCGGCGGCGUCCAGGGUCGACCCGGCGUCUGACCCCUGCCACUGCUCCGGACACGGCUCUCCAUGCUGCUCAUGACUGCCGUAGCCCAAAAUGGUCACGGUUACGGUACGAUGUAAACUUCCUGGUGGGCCAGAGUCCAGGAUCCGUGGCUGGGGUGGAUGAUGUGGGUCGACUCCAUUUUUUUUUUUUUCUUGUUUUGUCACUGCCAUCAGUUUUGUUCUCCACUCACCUGUCAUGCGACUUCAUCAUGUGAAAGCAGUCAACAGAUGUUUAAUAUUUUAAAUAUUCCAACUUGAACUGGACUGGGAUUUGGGUCGUGCUUGACUACAGAUGUGUUGUCCUCACCUGGAGACGGGGGAGGGACCUCCUGCUGUGCCUCUUCUACCUGUCAAACCAUUUCAGAACAGAAACUGAAGAAAGAAGGAUGGAUUUUUGGUCAAUAAACAAUGUUUUUUUUGAA